AUGCCCGACAGCUUCACCUCCACUGGGCGUGACCUCGUCGGCCACCGCAUCGACCACGGCCGCUUUGAGCUCGUCAGCGUUCUAGGUGUCGGCGCCUACGGUGUCGUCUACCUCGCCCUCGACGUCCGACUGCGUGCACAGAACCCCGCAGGCCCUCCUCGCUGGGUCGCUGUCAAGUGCCUCAGCCGCCACGGCCUCGACGACCGCCAACGGCAUUUCCAACGCCGCGAGAUUGCCUUGCACAAGCUCGCGUCUGGCCACCAGAACAUUGCGGCGGUGCAGAAAGUCAUCGAGGAGGACAAGUACAUCUUUGUCGUGCUCGACUACUGCCCCGGUGGCGACCUGUUUGCCAUGAUCACCGAGCGCCAGCGAUACGUUGGUGACGAGGAGCUUGUCCGCAGGGUGUUCCUGCAGAUCAUCGAUGCCGUCUCGUACUGCCACUCCAUUGGCAUCUUCCACCGCGACCUCAAGCCCGAGAACAUUCUUUGCUCCGCCGACGGCUCGCGUGUGUUCGUCGCCGACUUUGGGCUGGCCACCACCGAGCGCCUCAGCACCGACUUUGGAUGUGGCUCGACGUUCUACCUGUCUCCCGAAUGCCAAGGUGGUCUCUUCGACCCCGUCGAGGCAUACUCGACCGCGCAGGCCGACCUUUGGUCGCUCGGCGUCAUCCUUGUCAACCUCGCCUGUGGCCGCAACCCCUGGCGCCAGGCAUGUGCCGACGACGACACCUUCCGGGCCUACCUCGACGACCCAGGACUGCUCGCCACCAUCUUGCCCCUGUCCUCUGCCUCGUCCACCAUCCUCGCCGGUCUCUUCGCCCGCAACCCCGCCGACCGCAUCAACAUUGCCCAGCUCCGCGCCAUGGUCGUUGCCGCCCCGAGCUUCUCGACCACCCGCCCGCAGCUUCCUUCGCCCGCGCCCAGCCCGAAGCAGUCCAUCUCCCAGAUUGCUGCCCACUCGCACUCGCAGCACUCGUCCGUCUCGGGCUGGAACGACGCGUACCCCUUGCAGGACAUGUACCCUCCUACCCCGUACGAAAUCCCUACCAACACCCACCACCACCCCUUGCACCAGUACCGUCACGUCGACUCGCACUCGUCGGGCACGCCCGCGUCUACACCAGGCCUCAUCGACAGCCACAUGGACCCAUUCGCCACUGGGCGCACGGCCAGCACGUCCUCGUCGGACUCUGUUCCACCCACGCCUGAACUGGGCCCCAUCACCGUCACUCGCGCUGUGCCGACGCUGGCGCCUGCGCCCGAGCCACGAUGGGCGACGAGGGGCGGCAAGGCCCGUCGCGACGACGUUCACUACGCCAACGUUAAACACCACCACGCUGGCCGCAACUCGGACGUGGACAACCUCGAGCUUGUCCUUGGUGCCGCGCCGUUCGUUCUGUAA